AAAAUGAAAAUGAAUUGUGAUAUUCAGUCGAAGCUUUAUAUUUUCUUCAUUCUUUUAUUUUUUGUCAUUUUAUCAGUGCUUUAUUCAAUUGAAGUGUUCAACUAUGAUUUCGUUUCUAGUAAUUUUGGUAUUUCUUCAAUUUAUUUAACUCAUAUUCAAAAAUAUAAAGAUGCCUACCCACCAAUGUUGAUUGGAGCAUAUGAAUCUGAAACCCAAAUAUCAGUGUCUGUUGCUGCAUUAAAACCUAUUGGUUAUACAGUGUACUGCCGAUAUUUCGACAAAAACGGAAAAGAACAUGAAAAGCCAAUGAAAAGCUUUAUUUAUCCGUUAUUUGUUGUGAUUUGUGAUCGAAAAUCUUCAGAAACUCAUAAAGUUGCAAUAACAGAUGGACCAAAUGGAGUAGUGCUGGAACAAUUUCAGAUGAUUGUUACUCGAUGGAAUGCAAGUUACAAAAGAAUGUUGACUCAUUGUUCGGCUCCUUUAUUUGGACAAGAACCGAAAUGGAUGCAUCUGGUAGAAAUGAUCGAGCAUUAUAAAUUACAGGGUGUCACCAAGUUUUACUUUUACAUCCGAGAAAUCGAAUUGUAUGAUAUGUCAGUUCUUCAACACUAUAUGGCAUUUCGAGAUGAAGUUGAAAUUAUUCAUAUUCCUUCAAUCUACUUUGAUGCAGUCUCUCAACAGUAUCUAGCAAUUGCGGACUGUCACUUGCGAAACCAAUUAUCAGCCAAUUGGACAAUCUUUUCCGACAUUGACGAGAGAAUCAUUUUGACUGAUAGCAAGACAACUAUUCGAAAUUUUUUACAAGAUUCAGUCAGUGAGAAGUAUGGAGGAGUUAUGUUCCCACAGCGUUGGAUAUUCAAAUAUGAAAAGCUGCCUGAAAAGUUUAUUAAUCCAGUACAGAUAAUGCAAGAAAUGCCGUCAAGGAAAUGGGAACUUACAACUCAACCAUGGCUCAACUGUACAGAUGGAAAACAUUGCUUCUCAAAAAUGAUAGUGAAUAAUCAAAAAGUAUUACAAAUGAUGAUUCAUGACGUCGGAGAGUAUAAUGGGAAUUAUCAGACUUUGAUUCUUGAUCCGAAAAUUGGAUAUAUAAGGCACUAUCGAGAUGUAAAUAUGGGAAAAUGGUGGGUGAGAAAUAAGGACGUACUUGAAAAACUGAAGCCAUACGAAAAUACCACGUACAAUUUACGUCUCCGAGACCAACUUCUAACAAAUGUUCUUCAAAUUCUUUAUGCAGUUCAUCGACCGUAAGAAGAAUAAAAAGGGUUGAAAUUCAUCACUAUCACUUUGAUCUCAAUUGUUUUAUGUCCAUAUAAACUUUAACUAUGCAAACAAAAUGUGUCGUCAUUAAAA